GGGCGGCAGCCGGGCGGGACGGGCGCGGCCCCGCCGGGGUAAGGAGCGUGUCCCCGCCGGGCUGCGGCCUAGCGCGGGGCAUGUGUGCCUGACUGGAUUUCCCCCACACACCCGGCCCGGGGGCCAGGUGAAGGCGUGCCGGCCGUUACCUGUGGAAAGCUGCCCCUACCCGCCUCCUGAAAGCCGAGCUUGGGGGUGACAGCGUGGAAACUGCGCCGCUGUUACCUCCGUGUACCCUCACGUUAAGGUUCCUAACCAUGUUUGCUCCCAUGCGAGGUGCCUGUGAACGUUGUGCAAAGGUGGCCGUGGGCCGACAGGACGUCUUAAAGGUAGUCUCUGGAGACGUAGCUGAGAAGUAGAGACACCACCGCCACCACAUUAUGUUUCGGCAUGAUGGCUUUUUCAAGAGCUGAGUCUACCCUAAGUUCUGCGCGUGUUCUCAGAAGUUUCCGUAAUUACUGACCCUGAUGGCACACUGCCCUAACAAUGAAUACUUUGAUAAUCUGGUGCUCUCUUGUAAGCCUUGUCAUCUUCGAUGUUCUGGUACGCCACCACCUUCAUGUGAAAACUACUGUGAUAAGAGUACUGAUUCAGGUGGAGUUCUUUGGAUUUGUUUGGGCUUUGGAGUAAUUUUAAUGCUCACUUUAUUCACAUUAAUGGUCUUGUUUAAGUGGAAGCGCCUAAAGCAACUAAAAGAAAAACUGAAAAACACAGGCUCUUCUGUGGAGCUGAAUGAUGUUCUGAAGGCUAAUACAGAAAGCAGUGUGCAGACAGAUGGAAUUAGACACUCACUUCAAAGUGAAACAUUAAUGUAUUCAGUGGAGGAAUGCACUUGUAGUGACUGUGGCUUGGUAAAACCUCAGACUGGCUGUGAAACUUCAUUUCCAUUACCAGCUACAGAAGAAGGAGCUACUGUUCUAGUCACAACAAAAUCCUUUGAUUACUGCAACUAUAUUCUGGGUGCUGCGUGUCUAUGACAGAAGUAGUAAAUUUUUACUGCAUAAUAAUAAUUCAGUUAUUCGAGUAUAGCUAUUAAUCUUCAUAGUUAGAGUUAGUGGGGAAGGCUAGUACAUCUUCCUUUUAGACCCUGCAUCAAACUUUCAUUGAUAUUGUCAUAUUAUUUUAAAUUCUUUGGUCAAAUUUUUUUACAUUAUUCUCAAAUACCAAACUAGUGACUGGAAUUUUUAAAUUCUGAAAGUCUCUAUGUACAAUGGCUCUUUCAGUACUUUGAGAUUGUAUCUACUUACACCAGAUAUAUGCAAACUCAUCAAUAAACAAUCUUGCAAUUAUAUGUUUCAUGAUAAAUUCAGAUCUUACGCUGAAAAUUGCUUGAGGCAGAAAUGAAGAUCUACAUAGCAUCCCCAGCAUUGCAAAGAAUAAUUUCAAAUAGCCUCUGUGAUGCUUGAAAUAGGAAUGUUCCAAUGAUGAGUACCUUUGCUGAGUACAGAGUCCCUCCUAGCUCAGAUAGGAUCUCAGGGUCACAUGAAAGGGGGUUGCGGUGCUGUGGAGUACCACACAUAUAAUCGUGAUGGUGGACAAUAUCCUUUAAAUGCCAAAUUUUUUUUCAGACUGUGUCUUAUAAAGAUUUUUUUUUACAUAGCUUUUUUUUUUUUAAAUUGUUAUUUGGGCAGGUAC